CGGAGCGGUUCCUAUGGCAACCACAAACCGGAAGGUGUCUCAGCGCCGGAAGCGGAAGUCCCGUUGGAAGAGCAGAGCAGGAACUGCGAGUUGUUGGCAUUAGCCUAGUUCGAGCGCACGUGGGGUCGCGGCUUACGAGUAGGGGUUGAAGGCGAGACCCCGGGUGGGUUCGCUGGCUGGCCGCGAGAUGGACACUCCCCCCCUCUCAGGCUCGGACUCGGAUUCUGAUGAUUCUCUCGUUGCUGACGGAGAGUUGCAGGAUGCGUUUUCCCGCGGACUCCUGAAGCCAGGCCUCAAUGUCGUGCUCGAGGGGCCGAAGAAGGCCGUGAACAACGUGAAUGGCCUGAAGCAGUGUUUGGUCGAAUUCAAGCGGAGUCUAGAAUGGGUUGAAAGACUCGAUGUGACCCUGGGUCCCGUGCCGGAUGUCAGUGGACCUGAGCCAACACCUCAGAACAAGGACCAGAAAGCUGUUAAUCCAGAAGACGACUUCCAGCGGGAAAUGAGUUUCUACCGCCAAGCUCAGGCAGCAGUGCUUGCAGUAUUGCCCCGCCUCCGCCAGCUCAAAGUCCCUACCAAGCGGCCCACUGAUUAUUUUGCGGAAAUGGCCAAGUCCGAUCAGCAGAUGCAGAAGAUUCGACAGAAGCUACAGACUAAACAAGCUGCCAUGGAGAAGUCUGAAAAGGCUAAGCAACUGCGAGCACUUAGGAAAUAUGGAAAGAAGGUGCAAACAGAGGUUCUUCAGAAGAGGCAGCAGGAGAAAUCACAUAUGAUGACUGCCAUUAAGAAAUAUCAGAAAGGCUUCUCUGAUAAAUUGGAUUUCCUUGAGGGAGAUCAGAAACCUGUUUCCCGGGGCACGAAGACAGGAACUAAAGGGCAGCAGAUGAAGAAGGGGCCCAGUGCCAAAAGACGAUAUAAAAAUCAGAAGUUUGGCUUUGGUGGGAAGAAGAAAGGUUCCAAGUGGAAUACCCGUGAGAGCCAUGAUGAUGUAUCCAGCUUCCGGGCCAAGACAGCACAUGGGAAAGGCCUCAAGAGGCCUGGGAAGAAAGGAUCAAAUAAGAGACCUGGAAAACGUACAAGAGAGAAAAUGAAGAACAGAACCCGUUAAACAACAUCUUUUUAAAUGAAGAACAGGAAAAAGGGAUGAAGUCUUGGAAUUUCACAGUACAAUUGGACUUCCUCUCUUACUCUUUUUCUUUUUUUUAACUGGAAAAAAUUCUUUCAAUAAAUUUUUAAAAAUUAAUGAGC